UUUACAAAAUGUGUCUAUUGUGAUUAUGGUAAUAUUGGAAUUUGUCUUUGCUCUAUUGGGUUAAUAGUUAUCAUCAGCACUGAGUUGUAGCAAGAUUUUAAUUUAAUGUCAUAAAAUUAAACCUUAUGCACUGCAUUCUAAUACAUUUACCCUGGUUUUAAAUUUGUUGUAUUUUUAAGUUUCUUUCCAUCUUUAACAGCAAAUUUCUGUUAGUGUUUCACAGUAGAAAUGUCCUUGAAAUGUCUUUUUUCCCCCCUAGUAGCACAGCCCAGAACGCAGCUCUUGUUAUGGGAAUGAAGGAUGCUGCUGCUUCUCUCCUCCUCCUCAUUCUCCACACUUCCGGGUCAUGCCACGUGACUUCACCUCCCCCAUAAAUCCGUGGUCUUCGCUAGAUUGGGCCGAAAAAAUGAGGGGGGGAUGCUUUGCUGUGAUUGGUGGUUAGGGUCAGUAUAGGAUUGGUAGGGUGGAUCUGUUCCUACAGCCUGAUCUUCUGUAAACACUUUAAUAUGAUUAUUUUAUCAACUACAACCCUCUUGUUUUCUUAUUCCUGUGUCUAAAACAGUGAUCUACCGAAUCAACAUGUUAUUCUAAGAAAACCGUGGUAAAAUCAGCUUGUGAGCACGUUUUAUUGUGUUAUGCUAGAUUAAAUUAAUAAAUACAUUAGGUCCACUUAAUUAUUACAUAUGUGGGUUUAUAAAUAAGCUCAGGUUUAUCGUUUCCUCAUAAUCCCUGAAACAUUUAUGAAUUAAAAUGACAGCAGUUUGAUGAUAAGGUAAUAAUAAUGCGUUGUUUAUGUUUAUUGUUAAUUUAAGUGUUGAAAACAGGUCUGGUUGGACGUCAGCCUGACCCCCCCCCCCCCCAACCCUUCCCAGAUGGUACAGUCUUGGUUCAUUCAUAAAAUUCUAGCAGAGCCUUAAAGGAGGGGCUUACAUUCUAGUCGUCCAGUCACCAGGUAUACACCUGGAGAAACGAGCUUCUCUGUCCGCCCAGCGGAGGGCCACAGUCGGGUUUGUUUUUUCCACCAGGACUUAUGACUGACAUGUAUGUUUUAUAAUUACAUCCUCACCACCACCUGGCUGUGUGAUGUAUCAAAACAAGGCUGACAUGGAUCCAGUCUGUCCCUCCUCCUCCUCCUCGCGCGCAGAGUCUCCUGUCGGGACGCUCCGUCUGAAGACGCCAGAAGAGGCGAGCUCCUCAUCCUCGGAGAGCAGCUCCAAGGAGGUUUGUCCAGAUCUGAGCCCCGAAGGCGAUCCGUUUGUUCCGACAGUCACAGCUAUAUCCUCCACCCCAGAUUUCCAGUGGAUGGUCCAGCCUACGAUCAUCACAUCUGCCCCACCAUCUCUGAGUGGCAAACAAGCCAAUGAGCCGCAAAGCUCUCGCCAGGCAACACCCAAAGCGGGAGGGAACAAGGGGAAAAAUGCUGCCAGGAAGGGGAAAACUGAGCAGCUGUCUCCAGAGGAGGAGGAGAAGAAAAGGAUAAGGAGGGAGAGGAAUAAAAUGGCCGCAGCGAAGUGUCGCAACAGGCGGAGGGAACUCACAGACACGCUGCAAGCUGAGACGGACAAGCUGGAGGAGGAAAAAGCAGCCCUGGAGACGGAGAUAGCCAACCUCCUGAAAGAGAAAGAGCGCCUCGAGUUCAUCCUCGCCGCGCACAAGCCCGCGUGCCACAUGCCCGAGGAGCUCCAGUCCAUUCUCCAGGAAUCCACAGGUUCCCCAGAGCUGCCGCCCAGUCCCGACGAGGACCGACUCCCGGAGGACGGCAUCCAGGAGGCCCCCUCGCCCCAGGACAUGGACAUCCCCAGCGAUCCAUCCGCGGCCAUCUCCGGGAACUCCAACAUCCUGCUGUGCGCCAGCGCCGAGGUCAACCUCUGCGACCUCGAGCCCUCCCUGGACAUGAAGGAGGGGCUACUAGACAAUAUGUUACCMGGUUUGGAGGAGAAACCCCCCAUGGAGACGGCGCGGUCCGUGCCAGACAUCGACCUGAGCAGCUCCCUCGGGGUCUCGGACUGGGAGACCCUGUACAAGUCCGUUUCCUGCGACCUGGAGCCCCUCAGCACUCCCGUGGUGACCUCCACCCCCACCUGCAGCAGCUACCUGUCCGUGUUCACGUUCGCCUGUCCUGAGCUGGACUCUCUCACAGAUGGACUGGACAGCCUUAAAGGUUUAAGCAAAACCGASUCUGUCGACAUCCUCAACUCUCCAACUCUUUUAGCCUUAUAGAUAAACGAUCUGUCUGUGUUUUUAUUGUCUGCAGGCUCUUGACUUUGAGACAAAAAUCAACAACUUAUGCCCAAAUAUGCUGUAACGCUUAAAGAAAUGCAUAAAUUAAAUGUCUUGUGUUUGACUGAACAAACAUAUAAACAUGAACAGAGAGAUGUAGCUGUAAAGCAUGGCUUCACUUUAAAGAGGGGCUCAUAAAGCAUGCAGACAAAUUCCAAAUAAUUUUCAGAAAAAUGUACAAAUGAUCUGUUAGUAGAUCUAAAGUGUAUUGUGGAGACUGAUGUAUCAAAUAAGUUUGUGUUUUUGGAGUUAUACAGAGUAUUUAUUGCUGUAAAUGUAUUUAAACACUCAUUCAUGUUGAGUACCUGCAUACCUCAUCAGCUGUGGUUCAACCUCAUUGUUGAAAAAGUUUUCCAUGAAAACAUCCUGUGCACUAUAAUUAUAUCUAUAUUAUAUCGAAAUUUUAGCUUAUGAUUUAUUUUUUUACCUUUCAGAUCUUUGUUAAAAAUGUUUAAAAAAUGUAAAAGCAUUGAUUGCUUAUCUAUGCCACAGGAAUAUAAUAAUAAAUCUUCAUUCACA